UUGAACAUACCUAACCCAACAUUUUAUAUAUGUGAGAGCCUGUUGUUGUGUUGUCUUCUUUUCGUAGCAAGCUGUGUGGAUGGGCAAGUGAGACUGGUGGAUGGAGCCACGGAUGUGGAGGGGAGGGUUGAGAUUUGCUUCAGUAGGAGAUGGGGGACCAUCAGUGGUGAUGGGUGGACUCAGACAGAGUCCACUGUCAUCUGUAAUGACCUCGGAUAUGAGGCCACUGGCAAUGACUAUUCAGUGAGGCCAGCCACAAACUCAAUGCCAGUGUUCAUAAAGACUGUCAGAUGUACUGGUAGACAACUGAGCCUCUUGGAGUGCGGCUUCAGAAGAAAUCUUACACACAGUGUUCACUUGGAAGACGUUGGAGUCAAAUGCAAAAAGUCGGACUGUAAUGAUGGUGACCUGAGACUGGUGGGAGGAGGAGACUCAGAGAAUGAUGGCUUAUUGCAGGUGUGCUUCAGUGGGAGAUGGGGA